AAUUAAGUAGUUUAAUUAAUUAACAAUCAGGAAAUCACUCUAUAUAGAGACUAGAGAGUCAUGCAUAUGAUCGAAUUCCUAUCAAACAUAUCAACACUAAUCAUAAAACUAGAAAAUGGCUUCCUAUUUCUUCUACUUACUAGUUUCUGUUUUCCUUCCCCUCAAUGUCCAUGUCCACAGAGCUAUUUCAGAAUCAACAAAGAUUAAUGAUGAUCCAACACAAGGUUUUCUUAACAUUCCUCUCAAUAGUUCCAACUUUAUUAUCCGAAGUCCUUAUGAUUUAUCAGUCUCUGAUCGAUAUAGUUUCGUCGAUGGCAUUCACAAGAUGUGGGUCUUAUCUUCUGAUAAACCUCAUUCUCCAUUGAGCCUCACUUCUCCUCGAACCGAAAUUCGAAUACAUGGAUAUGAUUACAAUUGGGGAGUAUGGCAAUUUGAAGGCCAUGCAUAUGUUCCAGGAGGAACUUCAGGUGUAUCUAUCAUGCAAGUAUUUGGUGCCACUUCUAGACCCACCACUCUGAUGCUUCAUGUCUACAAUGGUGCACUUAUGUACUACAAUUCUACGCUCAUCGACGACAAAAUAUACAUAAAUGCAUGGUUUCAAGUGAAUGUUAUCCAUGAUGUGAUUGCAAGUGUUGUUAGUGUUUACAUAGAUAGAAAACUUAAGCUAAAUGUACUCGAUCAUGGAGGUGUGUUUCAUUACUUCAAAUGUGGAGUAUAUGCCCAAAAUUACAGUUCAACUUCAUGCAUGGAGUCAAAAUGGAAGGGGAUAAAACUCUUGAAGAAAGGAACCUGAUUGUACA